UGUUUCGUAAACAACUAAAGCAUACAAUACAAAAAAACUGAAAAUAUACAAGGCAAAGCCAACAGAAAACAGAUCCUUUGAUUCACAGAGCAAAUCAUAGGCGAAGGGUCUUUGUUCGAGUUUAAUCCAGCUGUAGGUUACCCUGCGAAAACAUAUCUCAGUACCUACCUACUACACUAGACGGGCUUCAUUUCGUCUUCAUCAAGCGACAGAGAAAAAGUGAAACGUGUCCAAACAGUUACUGUGGUUUUCAGUUCAUCAGUGCAUUAUUGCAAUAAGUUCGCAAGAGUGAUUGAAGUAGUUUCAUAGUGAAGUUUACCGGAGUCAGCUGAUAGUGAAACAAUUAACAUUGGAGCAUGACCCUUGACGACCUACAAUACGCAAGCUAACCGUAAAAGUGAUUUUUCACUGAUUCUGCAGCAGCUGCAGUCUUUGUUUUCCGUCAGCUUCAAAGCAGUGAUAAGCCAAAACCAACAGCACAAUCCAUGCAUCAUUGAGCAGCAUUUUGCCAUACGGCGCACAGAAGGGCAGCGCGACGGUGGCGAUAGUGAAAAAAUAAAUAUUGAGUCAUUUAUUUGGCAACUUCAGCAUGCUAUUGCUUUCAAAUGCAAAUCAACUUGAAGCCUGCUGCAGCUAGGGAAAAAUCGUACUAUCAACCAAUAGGGGGCGGCAAUCUACAUAUCUAUCUAGCACAAGAAACCACCAGACGACGUGCUUGCUCCUAACGUUGGAAAUUUGGGUGCAGGAAAAUAUCGGGCACCCCUGCGUUGCCGUUAUGUUCAACUGUUGUGGCAGACGCUAUGACUACCGUCCCAUCGAUCUUGCAUUUCAACCGAGUGGGUUCGGCAUUCGACAUGUGCAGACUCUUUUACUCUUCUUCGGCCUCACGGUUGCAUAUGCCCUGCGGGUUAAUCUUUCGGUGGGCAUCGUGGCGAUGGUCGACAAAAAUGCCGCAAACAAAGACUUUGAGGAAUUUGACUGGGACCAGAAGACGCAGUCGAUCAUUCUGAGUAGCUUUUUCUGGGGCUAUGUCGUUACGCAGAUUCCAGCUGGUCAGAUGGCACAGCGGUUCGGAGCCAAGAUUUUGCUGCUCUUCUCGCUGGGCAUUUGCUCCUCACUGGCAGUUCUAACGCCAAUAUGUGCUCACAUUGGUGGAAGCAAACUUUUGGUCGGUCUUCGAAUAUUGCAAGGUCUUAGCCAAGGUUUUAUUUUCCCAUCAACGCACACUUUACUGUCCAAAUGGGCACCGGUCUCAGAACGCGGUAGAUUAGGUACUUAUUGCUACGCUGGAGCUCAGUUUGGUACUGUUAUUAUGCUGGCUAUCAGCGGAGUGUUGGCAUCUUCUUCAAUGGGGUGGCCUGGAAUUUUCUACAUAUCAGGAGCCGCUGGACUUGUAUGGACCGUCAUGUGGUUCUUCUUUGGUGGUAAUUCUCCAGUAGAACAUGGCACGAUUUCCGCAGAAGAACGAGAUUUCAUUGAGAAUUCUCUAGGAAAUCAGGAUCAUAGCAAAAAAAUUGUAACUCCGUGGAAAGCAAUAUUUACGUCCGCACCAAUGAUUGCGUUGAUAAUAACCCACAGCAGUCAUAACUGGGGUUUCUGGACACUACUAACCGAAAUGCCAACCUACAUGAAAAACGUUCUGGAACUGGAGAUCAAAAAGAACGCCCUACUGUCCAGUUUGCCAUACUUGGUGAUGUGGAUUCUUAGUUUGAUUUUCAGUCCUAUCUCAGACUUUUUGAUAAACCAACACUAUCUAUCGCGGGUCGCCAGCCGGAAACUUUUCAACUCCAUUGGCCUGUGGAUUCCGAUGUGCGCACUGCUCGGUUUGGCUUUCGUACCUGCAGGGCAUACUGACCUGGCUAUCGGCCUGCUGACGGCGGCUGUUGGUAUAAAUGCAGCAACCUACUUGGGAUUCCAGGUGAACCACAUCGAUUUAGCACCCAAUCACGCAGGUACCAUGAUGGGUAUUACGAAUUGUGCAGCAAAUGUUAUGUCUAUCAUUGCACCAUUAAUCGUCGGACUGGUGCUGGAUAACGAUAAAGAUCCUGUGCAAUGGCGAACUGUAUUUUACAUUGCUGCCGGUGUUUACUUCUUUGGAAAUCUGGUGUUUGUGCUACUAGGAAAAGCGGAUAUUCAAUCCUGGAACGAAUCCCACCCUAAUAAGAAGGAUGAUGAUACUGAAGCUGCGUUGCCAAAUAAUCACAAUUCCACCGAGCGUCCAACCAAUGUCGAUUAGUACGGCAAAGGAUAGGAUCACUAAUCCUAUGACAUACAACAUCCGGGAUUGUUUUUCCCGUUAACAGAACUGGAAUACCGUUACUACCAAGGAAGAAAGUACUUAGUCUAGUCCAAAGAAAAAAGACGAGAAAGCUCAAAAAUAUGAAGCUUUCUGCGGAAAAAAAUUGUAUCACAUUUACGGCAUAUCAAAAACCCAGGAUUAAAACCGAGUGCUCUUAUUGAUUGUGAAAAAUUUUGUGUAGGGAAAAAACAAUCUUCCUAUACAGUUUGUAAACUAAAUAUAGGUAAAUCAGUUCAAAGCGAAGGCUAUUAGCCAGUGUGUACAAAAUACUUCCUAAAGUUGGGGCUGGAACUUCGAGCUUCCCAAUACAAGAAUAUUUUUAAUUAAUAUGUUAUGUACAUUGAAAUAAGACAAUAAAACACGAAUA